GAAGCUUCGCGUGUUUGGUGCACUGACAUUGUGCAUUGCCCAGAAGGUCUAUCUGACAGUCUAUAUGCCUCUAAAAUUGGAUAUAUAAAACUAUGGCAUAUUUUCGAAACUAACAUUGAAAGCGAUAGAAACGUGUGCUUCCCCCUCAAGACGUUAAAAAAGAUUCGCUUGCCUCAGGAGCAGAGACUGAGAAAGAGAGCAGCACAAAUGAAAAAUCAUGCAGCAGACAUUGUCAUAUUCAUCAUCGCCUUCACCAACACUCAUCUCGACGAUAACCCAUCCUGUAAGGUCCACACCAAGCCGGCCUCAUUCUACGGAUACCUCUACGACAACGACCAAGCCAGCAAUCAUAUCGGUCGACUAUAGCUACGAUCCCAAAAGCAUAAUGUCACCAUCUGCCCAGCACAGCAACGCCAACUAUGGCCGCAAUCGGGAAAACUCUGAAGGAAUAUCCCCCGAAGUUCUCUACAUGGAGAGGGAGAAGUCGAGCACCAGUAAUCAGCCCUACAGCAGUCUGUUUGGUGAUCCAGUGCCCCCACCGCAGCCAGAGGAUUACUUUGGCACCGCAGCCUUUGAAACAAUACGAGCUGGUUCCGUGGACAUGCCCAGCUCAGAGGAGGAUACACUUAUUGCAGCAGUUGCGCUCAAUACACUUAUCGGGAGCGAUGGUCGACGUCGGCUUUUCUCCAAUGUCCCCUACACCAACAUCAGCAACAGUCGAGUUCCAACUUUAUCGCACUUAGAAACGCCGACGCCGACUCUGACUCCAACUCCUACACAGAGUAUACUGCCGCUGCCUCGCCUGCAACCGCCUGAUAUUCAAAUCCUGCCCAACUCCAGUGGUGGCUCCAGUUCGGAGCACCUGGAUUCACCCAACUUUAUGCUGCUUACGCCACAGGACAUUGUCAAUAAGCCCGAUGUGUUUGAACUGGAGUACGAGCAGUUGGAGUCAACUAUGGGCUCAACAUACACUACAAGGGAACAGGAGCCUCCGCGUCACCUUAGACCCAUUUCCGGCUCGUAUUCGAGCACUGGCCUAGAUUGGUAUCGCCGGGAGCCUUCACAGUUCGCAGAAUUCAGUCGCAUUCCCAAGUUGCGGCCUAGCUCCAAAAUGAUAAUGUCCAUGAAGCAUGAAGAGAUGCCACUUUCGCCGCUUGCCACCAUGCUGCAAGACUCGAAUGGUUCGAGUAGCGGUGGCGAGGAACCUUUGGUUCCUCCUCAUGCAGUGGAGCUCCCAAUGCCCUUAAAAUCACCGGUGCCAAACAGGAGUGAUACGAUUCCGACUCCCGUAAUGGACAUGGAUAUCAUACUUUCACCAAAGCAAUAUCUGCAGCAGCAGCAAAGGGAGAUUAUGCGUGAUGCCAGCGAAAGACAGCGACGAGAGAGCUACAACACAUCAUAUGGACCCGAUACGCCUCAAUCUCCGAGCCUAAUUCACAGUCAAUUCGCCGAGUCCGGCAAUAACAUGAAUAUGAUGCAAGACGACCAAGGCUCGCGAGUGCAGUCUAUUGCUGGAGAGAUGUCACCGGUUGUGUUCAAGGACUCUGUCGCCACUGGCGGUGAUUAUCGAGUGGGAGAAACUCGUCUGCACAAGAAGUCCUCCUUUACCAUACUCUCAGUAAGAUCUCCCAAGUCCUCGCUAACCCACAGUCCUAGUACGACGCCGGUUGCACAGCGGCGGCUUCGAACUCCCGCUGGCAGGCACGCGUCAAUACAGUCCACCACUACCUCGUCCAUUGCAGUGCCACCGCCCGUUCGGGCGAGACGCAAGUCUCUGACUGGAUCCCGCCUACCGCAGUUGCCUCCGCUUAGUAACCAGCAGGCAGCCGAUGAUUCGCCACGUCCCUCGGUGCAGUUCAACAUGAGCGGACGUUAUAGUCCCAGCAAGCUGGCCAUGCCCACGAAAGGCAUACUGCAACAACGGGAUUCGUUGACCUCCUCGGUAGAUACGUAUACGCCGCGAGUGCAGCGUCGUGGAUCUAUCAACAACAAAGAGUCCUCUCAGGGCCUCUCUGAGCUGUUUGGUCAGCGCAUUAAGAGUAUGGAAACGUUGCCGUUGAUAACAGAUCCUUAUCGCAGUGGUAUUCCACGAUUUCAUCGUUCGGCCAUGGAAUUGGACAAGGAGACAGCAAUCAUACCACCGGGCUCACUGCCGCGCCCACUAAAGCCAAAUCCAAAUCCCACUCGCAAGCAACGUGGUCUGCUUGGCGUUGUUAAUAGGCAAGACGACUAUACCCGUAAUCCUCCGCGUUCAAACUGGUUAAGCCUGGACGAUUUGAUAGUCGGUACACGUUUGCCAAAGUCCAGUAUGGAGCCAAUGCGCAUGCAGGCACGACGACGCUCAAGUUCCACAUCACCGGAACGUCGUAGCUCCACGCAAACGGCAUCGGAUCGACGCAGUUCCAAUUUGAGUAGCAUAACCACCUCCGACUUUAGCUUCCGCCGACCUUCUCUCUCAACACUGCCAUCCACCAUACAACGUCGCAAAUCGAUUUAUCUACCGGGUGCUAAGAUGACAGCAAGUCCGCGACGCCAAAUCAUAACCAACAGGGAUCUAAAGCAGCAUAACAAGCGCACUAAGAUUGCCAAGCCGAGUACGCUUUCUCCAAUUAUUGGUACACCCAACAAGGACAUACCGCAGAGUCCAUUGCAUGGGGAUGCGUAUGAAGCAGCGCACAUGGACACGGCAUCCGAGUUGUCCGCACGUCGAGAUUCUAUAUCCCGCAUUCCCGUGCGCAGUCGCCGGAACUCUGUAUCCAAUUCGCGUUCUAAUUCACCACUAAAGGACUUUAGCAGCUCUCAUAUUUUGUCGGGUCGCAAUUCACAAGCGAGUAAUAGUCGUUCACCGUCUCAGGCAACGAAUCGCAGUGGUCUUGAUACCCAUGGCCUAGGGAUUACGGAUAUCCGAUUGACACCUACUCGAUUCAAUGCAAGUCGUCCCACAUCGCGAGGGCCUCCCUCAAGACCAGAGUCCCGUAUGGCGGAUACCAAUGAUAUGUCCAUCAAUUCUCGCGCCAAUUCUCGGAGCAAUUCCCGGGCAAAUUCACGUGCUAAUUCCCAAGCUAAUUCUCGAGCCAACUCUCGGCUCAGUGUACGUUCCUCGUUGCGAUCCACAAGCCUUUCGCCAGCAACCAUGUCGCGUAAUAGUCGUAAAUCUGACACCACGCCCAAUCGCAGAAAAUCCAUUUCAAUAAGUCCCAAAAGUGGAAUGCUUGGACGUCGAAUGUCGCUGAGUCCGGCAGGAAAGCAAGGAAAACCAAUUUCCAAGAAGGAUCAUAAGGAGACAAUUUUCGCAAGUCAACGUCGGAACUCUCGCUCCCGUAUACCGACAAGUAUUAAUCAAAACGGAAGAAAAUCCGCUUCGCCUUCUAAAAAAGCAGAGGAACGAGGAAAGACCGAGAAGUCAAAGUCCCCUAGGUCCCCGAAAGGUAAAAAGAUAACGACAACAUCUACGAAAUCAAGCCCAAGGGAAAAGUCAACAAAAUCUGAAAGUGCCAAAAAGAAGACGUCCUUAAUUAGCAAGCCAGAGACAAGUGUAAAACGAACUGUGUCAAAAACGUUACCGGCGAUGCCAGCAAAGAAGCCACAAACAUCGAGUCAACCGAAGACACCUAUUUCCCAGAAACAGAAGACAGAAAGUAAACAGGCGAAAAAUGGUGAAAAAUCCACUAAAUCCAUAAUUAAAACCAACGGGGCAAAUGGUUCUAGUGGAUUACCCAAACCCCUGGCAAGAACUGGUUCCCAGAUGAAUACUAAAAAGGCAACAACUGAAAGUCCUGAAAAGAAAGUGAAGCAAAAGGAAUCACCGGAAAAGGCAGAGCAUGCCAAGGACUCUGCGGCAGACAGUUCCCAACCGUUAGCUGUCCAUGUCGGUAACGCAGUACUGCAAGCGGCAGAAGCAUUGCCAGCUGUUCGCAACGAGGUCAACGCAUCUACCACUGGAGGCAUCAAGCGUCAAGGCUCGAACAUGUCAACAUUGGUGCGAAUGAGUUCCCGACUCAGCUUGGUUAGCAAUAAGAAGCGUGUGGAUUCCGCACAGAAUCGUAAGGUGGCAACGGUUCCAGAGCAGACGCAAGAGACUGAGGUGCCAAAAGGUCAUGCUGCGCAACUUGCUACUACUGGCCAAUUGACCUCCGGUGAUGGUGGCUCAGGGCAGACUGCAACAAGUUCUAGUAACUCACAGAAGACCUUAAAGAGUGAGACUCACAAAACGAUUAACGAAAAUUUAACCGACCCCAAAAGCCAAGAAACCGAAGCCGGACUCGCCCCCGAAAUUGGCAAUUCACCUAGUCCCAAUGGUCUGACAGCGACAGCCAAGCCGCAUGACUCCAUAUCGCGUCUCGAUACAGCAGACGGAAGUCAUGCCCAAAAUAGUUCGGCGGAGAUGCAUAAGUCCCCCUUGCCUCCCACACAGCCCAUCGAAGCAUCGAUAUCGGUGUUGAAUGCCACUGAGACCGAUUCGGCAACUACUUUAGUUGGUGGUCAACCUGUAACCGUGAAACCAGAGAUAGACUCUGAAAGACCCAAUGUUCAAGCGGAUUUGACUGAUGACUUCAAGCGUGCAACUCCGCCACCCGGCGAGGAUUUUCAAGUGGAUGACAAGCGACUAUCUCCUGAUGGUCAAGGUUCAACAGCAGGCAGUGGUGGCAUUUUCGAAAUGUUGACGAAAAAGAAAAAAAACUCGGUCAUCUUUAGCAUUGAUCUGCCGCAGAAUUCGUUGAUUGAUGCUGACAAAUAUCUAUUUAGAAGCAGCAGCCAGGAAUUCAUCAAGGAUGAUAUAAAGAAAGGCGGCAUCUGUCGUUGCUGUACCACACUUUGUAUGCGUUUCCGUCGAUCGCAUUGCAUGCGUUGUUGUGGACGACGACAGGAUCGUUUAAAUGGCUCAGUUGAGGAGCAACCAGUUCUCUCGAGUGCUCGCAGCAGUGCCACGACAACUCACAUGGAGAUAGUGGACGAAACCAAGUCCAACAAAAAGAAAUCUCGUUGUUGGCCCAUGUCCAAUUGCUGCAAGAGUUGUCGCAAAAAGUCAACAGCUUGUGAAAUAGUUGAAAAAGAGACCAAAGCCAGCACUAUGAGUGCGGAGCCAAUGCAUCAAUCGGGUGCAAUGCAACGACCACAGCAGCAGGGCAAGUGUGGGCUCUGCCUGCGAAAGAUUUUCUGUUGCCGAUCCGUGAAUAAAGUCGAUCCCGUGACUGGCGAUGAAACCGAGCUAAGGAAAUGUUGCUUCUGCAUACCGUGUCGACGUAAGCGGGGAGUGGGUAACCGGACAGAGCCCAAGGUUGCAUGGCGAGAUCGUGAUCCAGAGCUUGGAAUCACGGCAUCAGAUGCAGCAAUUGUUGAAGGAUCUUCGAUGGCACCGUCCACAACGGGACCCACAGAAGACACGACCAAAAUGAGUUGCUGCCGACGUUUCUGGCUCGCGCUCCUCUGUUGCCGCAAGAAACCACGACGUGGCUCCGAUGCCAGGCGACAGAGUAUCAAGGCACCACCACCCAGUGAGGACACACGUCGCAAGUUGCAUAAUGAUCUGGUGGAGUACACGUCAAAAAUGAAGGGGGCAAUUCCUGUGCUGCCGCUGUACUUGGCCUGGUUUUGCGCCUUUUGUAAUGUUAUCUUUCCUGGUCUAGGCACUCUACUAUCUGGACUCUUCUGCUUGUGUGUCGGCAUUCCGAGAUUCUCUCAAUACGACAGCGCGCGUGCUCGGAUUGGAUCUUUUAUCAUUAACAUCAUUGUAGCGGUAUCACAAUUCUUUUGUGUACUCUUCUGCUUUGUAGGUUGGGGUUGGUCUAUUUGGUGGGGCGCUAUAAUGCUUAGAUGUGCAAAAAAACUGAGUAAAAUCAAAAAGGUCGAACGACUUGAACUUGAAGAGGAACAGCGCCAAGCCGAAUUAGCUGCUGCGCAAGACGCACAUCGUGGGGAAACUGAGGCCGCCAAAACCUAGUGACCUAACGAAAAAACUAUUAAUAUGUUGUCUGAGCAAAUAUUAUCAUUCUCGUUAAAACACUUCCAAAAUUUCUUCCGGACAAACUAUGAAAGGACAGAGUAACCUAUCUGAAGAAUUAAAAUCGUCAAACUUCCAACUUUCUAAAAAGUGGCGAAAAAAAUUGAGAUUCCAAAAACAAAAUUCACUUCCACGUGUACAUACAUAUGUAUUAUAAGUAUUUAUACAAACUUUUACAAAUAAGUGACCUUACCAUACAUAGUCCUUUAAUAGUCAUAUCAUGAAGCGUAACAGGAAAAUAAAUAUUAUUUUAUUUACUAAUACAGAAAUGUUAAAUGUUGUACUCACAUUAUCAUGUUUUACGACAAUAUUUUUUGGUUAAUCAAAUAAAUAUUAUUCCAAUCAAGAAAAUGUGGUAAAAAUGUGUGUGUGUUCCUUCGCUUAAAUUCAAACUGACGAUUUAAAUAUGAUAACGGCAUUUAUUUUAGAACUAUGGGAUCUAAACGUUUUCAUGUGAUUGCCUUUGUU